AUGGAUAAUUCGACGGCCCCAUCUUUAUGCACCCUCCCUACCGAAGUCCUCCACAUCAUAACAUCACCCCUGAAGCUCUCUGACAUCUGCACUCUCCGUCUCUGCUGCCAUGCCUGCGAUAUCCGCUUCACACCCACGUUCACAAAGUAUUUGAAUCACCAGACGAUCGAGCUGACGACCCGCUCCCUCAACAAAUUCCUCGCUUUAUGCAGCUCACGCUUCUCCCACCAUGUCAAAGUUAUCACUAUAGAAGCCUCCCUGUGGCGUUUAGAUGAUCUCGAAAAACGCCUCAGAGAGAAGCAACGGUUGCCCAGAAGUCCUCCGCGCAGUGGCAACUUCUUCUCUCGCGCCGUACCCUUAACGGAGGAGGAGAUCGCAUCUUCGCAAGCCGAUCUAGAAGCAUUCAAAGAACUAGAUCGUGAUCAAGCAGCGCUGUUGCGUAAGUGCCAUGCUACGACACUACUGAGUCGGGCAUUCAGGUGCCUUGGCCGGCAAUUCAUCGAUAUCAAAAUCCGGGCAGCUGUGCAUCUGGACCGCGGCGAAGUGCACCUGGCAGCGAGGGGCUUUUCUUGGGAUGUUGAAAAGAGGAUGGGGAAGCGUAUGAACGCGACUUUCGGAGCCGUCAUAGUGGCACUGCGCGCGAGCGACGUCCUUGUGAAGAGGCUGGAGGUAUUCGAUUUUGAGAAAGGAGGGCAUGUGCGUCUUGAUCAGCUGUAUGACUCAUGGGUGAUGACCACUUUUGAAAAAGACAGAGGUGCUGGCUUCGACAACCCGAUCGUACCUUUAGCACUACAUGGACUCAAGUCACUGAUCCUGGCAAUCUCACCACCUCCCUACAGCAAUGACAACGGCGUAUAUCAACCAACCGCUCAGUCUGGCUUGCACAAGAGACAACUCACCAGUCUUCAUGUACUUCUCACAGCCUGCGCUCAUUCAUUGACCCAUCUGGAUGUUCGCUUCCGCGGCCGCAACACGCAGCACAAUCCGGAAAGCAUCACCCUCUUUUCGAAUCUCCCUGUGCUGCCAGAAUUGAGCGAAUUGCGACUACGCAACACCGCCAUCUCAACGCCCUCCCUGCUUGCUCUCCUCGAAUCCUCACCAAACCUAACCACGAUCGGUCUCCACAGAGUCGCACUCUGCCCAGAAUUUCCAUCUAGCCGUCCACCUGAGCGUCACGACGUCCCACCAUCAAACCCUGAGGCCCUCGUCCCGACCAUCCUCCCUCAAUUUCCGCACCCGCACGACUCAACGAACCUGCGCAGCUGGCUGCCUGUAUUCGCCUCACUCCGAAACCUCCCGCGCCUUUCGUUGGUAGACACGUCAGUGUUGUCCAUAAUCUCACAUUCCCCUACUUCAGGAGAGAUUCUUGCAUCGCCAGAUCCGGAUGGCAGUAACGACGUCAAGGUCGACCUAUCGUCUUGGCUCCUAUCUCAUAUCUUUAUCACGUGGCCCCAUCCCGCCACUUCACGCAUCGCCGCUUCCGAUUACCGACAUCAAAUCUAUCCCGAGGGCUGCCCGGAUGUGAAGCUCACUGGCGAUGAGAUCCGCGCUCUUCCGCGUGACACUCUUGACGCGGCCGGCGACAUAAGUUGGGACGAGAUCGGCGUCGAUCUGCACUCGGAGAACUCUGGCUGCACAAUGGGUGACUGGACACCAGUAAGAUACCGAAUUUUGAAGGGCAAUCCACGGGGCAGUGAUGCCCUGUAUGAAUGGAGGCGAGCGGUGCACAAGGAGUAUGCGUUAUUCUAG